GUUCGUCAACAAUGUAAAGCGGAUGGUGAAAUGUUUGUUCGAUUUUUCCAGUGUUUGUGAUGUGUGCGUGGUGUUUUAUACCCUGGAUAAAAUACUAGGAUAAUGGAGGAGCCCAACGAGGACUCUAGGGUCGUUCCCGAACUCUACUUUCUGAUAGCGAAAUUUCUUUCGGGGGGUCCGCUGACGGAAACUGCAAAGACAUUGUUAGAAGAGCUCGAGAGCGUAGAGGUCCUACCCCGCCGCCUCGACUGGCAGGGCGAAGAGCACACCCAGUCGUACAAUGAAUUGGCAGCGCAGUACAGUGACGUACCAUGGCACCGCCUGGCAGCCGUGUGCGCGAGCGCAUUGCGUCUCGCUCCCUCGCCUUCCACGAGCUCGCUCUCUCUCGCUCCCGCCCCAUCGAGCGCGCUCGCUCCCACUUCGCUGCGCGUGCGACUCUCGCUGCUUGGGGACGCGCUGGUCCGGAACAGACCGAAAUAUUCGGCGUUCAAGAAGGAUCACACACUUGCCCGUCGCCUGCUCUCCCGUGAGCUCGGAGGCAUCACCGAAGGCCGAAAGACGGCUCCGCGAGCGCCCGCGGCGCAGCUCCUGCCGCCGAGACUGCUUGGAGGCCUACAGCUGAGACGGAGGACCCUGGGACAUUUGUCAGCAGUGUACUGUCUGGCUUUCGAUUGCUCCGGACGAUACGUUGUUACUGGAGCCGACGAUCUUCUAGUAAAAGUAUGGAGCGCGUACGACGGUCGCCUCAUCGCUACACUCCGCGGCGCGGGCGCUGAGAUCACGGACGUCUGCUUGUCCCGCGACGGAGCCCUACUGGCGUGUGGCAGUGUGGACAGGCUUGUGAGAGUCUGGUGUCUUGCUACAGGCGCUCCGCUGGCGGUUUUACAUGCCCAUGCCGGGACUAUUACCUCUGUCCACUGGUCGCCCUGGGCCCGCGGCGACGUUCGCUGGCUAGCUUCUACCUCCACCGAUGGCUCCGUGGCUUUCUGGACAUGUUCCCGAGAUGGCCAGUUCCUGUCCCAACCUGUCCAAUACAUGGAGAGGAUGCGGCCAGGCGCCUGCCACAUGAUAUGUGCCGCCUGGUCUGCUGGCGGUGCGUUCUUGGCUGCAGGGUCUCAGGAUCAUCAUGUCAGAGUAUACAUGGUAGAUGGCGAAGGCGGAGGCCCGCGCCGCGUCCUAGAGACUGCCGUCCACUCCGAGGCGGUCGACAGUAUCGCCUGGGCGCACCGCGGGCUUCGCUUCGUCUCGGGCUCCAAAGAUGGCGCGGCCUGUGUCUGGGCGCUCCAUGCUUCUUCUUGGCGACACACUGUGCUGCACUGUGCUAUAGACAGUAGUGGGCUUCGCUUCGAAGAUGGCGCGGCCUGUGUCUGGGCGCUCCAUGCUUCUUCUUGGAGACACACUGUGCUGCACUGUGCUAGUUUGGAUAACAAGGACGAUGGCAAGAAAUUAAAGGUCACAAUGGUAUGCUGGGACCUAAGUGACGCUUACGUCAUCACAGCUGUCUCUGAUUGCUCAAUUCGGGUAUGGUGUUCCCGUACAUGCAGCAUGGUGCGAGUCCUAAAAGGCCACAAAGACGAGGCCUACGUACUGGAGGCCCAUCCUUUUCUGCCCGGCGUGUUACUGUCGGCCGGUCACGACGGUCAGCUGUUCGUAUGGGACGCCAGUACUGGUGAGAUCCUGGCUACAUUCCUGAACAAAAUCGAAGGGCAGGGCGAAGGCGCGAUAUUCGACGCUAAAUGGGGUGGCGGCUGCGCCCUGGCCGCUGCUGACGCCCACGGCCAUCUUCUACUGCUGUCAGUGGCUUCAGGACCUAAGCUCAUGUCCAAACUGCCUCCAGAACUGUUCUUCCAUACAGACUAUAGGCCUCUGUUGAGAGAUGCUACUGGAACAGCCCUUGAUGAGCAGACUGAAAUCCCCCCACAUCUGAUGCCGCCUCCCUUCCUGGUAGACGUGGAAGGGGCCCCGCAUCCGCCGGAGUACCAGCGUCUUGUGCCAGGACGGGAGAACCUGGCGUUGGAUCAGCUUAUACCUCUAGCUGACGCCAGGAGUCGUAUCGAUGUCAUGAUUGAGGCUCUAGCAGCUGAGCGUACCCCCGGCCUGGUGAACGGCCUGGGCUUCGGCGGCGGCGGCGUGUGGCGGAACGAGGGCGUGCGCCACACGGCCGGCUCCUGGCAGCGCGAUGUCCCGGUGCCGCCCUCGUCGCGCCCGCUUGUGGCGCCCCCGCCACACGCUGUCACCACACUACAGCACCAGCAGGGCCUGGAGCCCCUUCAUGUCUCCAACACUGCCUAUAACUACUUACAGCCUGGAGCCCCUUCAUGUCUCCAACACUGCCUCAAUUAA